AAAACCCCCAAACCUCUGCAGAGCGACCCCAAUGAAACCUCUUCUUCAGUGAGCGCCUCUCUCCUCCCUACCACCGCCAACGCCGCUCUCACGCCCCCGAAUCCCUCCUCCCCUCCGCUCCCCUCUCCCCGUGCGCCGUCGCCGCCCCCCUUCCGCCUCUCACCCGCCUCCCUGCUGACUGCCAUCUCCAUCCUCUAGGUCUCUGCGGCAGUGCGGAUGUCGAACGUGAGGGUGUGCGUGCGGUUCAGGCCACUGAGCCACAAGGAGAGGAAGGCUAAUGGCGACAAGGUCUGCUUCAAGAAAUUAGACGCCGAGUCUCUCGUCUUCAAGGUUUGGGGGCACUCUUCUGCCUUCAGCUAUGUGAUAUGGGGAUGAGCGGGACGAAGAUGUCAUAUUCAGCUUUGACAAGGUGUUCUACGAUGAUGCUGAACAGUCUGAUGUCUAUAAGUUCCUUGCAGUGCCCAUUGUCACAGAUGCUGUCAAUGGAAUAAAUGGGACGAUAAUUACUUAUGGUCAGACUGGAGCUGGAAAAACAUAUAGCAUGGAGGGGCCAAGCAUCUUGCAUUGCAAUGAGCAGAAAACUGGACUAGUUCAGCGAGUUGUAAAUGAUCUAUUUGAAUGUCUAAGAACUUCAGCAAGCAUGGCUACAUGGACUGUGAACCUGUCAAUGGUGGAGAUAUAUUUGGAAAAAGUAAGGGACCUUCUUGACUUGUCCAAAGACAACCUACAGAUCAAGGAGAGUAAAAGCCAAGGGAUUUACAUCUCUGGAGCAACAGAGAUAUCUAUUAUGAAUAGUUCAGAUGCCUUGGAGCGCCUUUCUGAAGGAAUUGCCAACAGAGCUGUUGGAGAAACACAAAUGAACCUGGCCAGCAGUAGAAGUCACUGCUUGUACAUCUUUUCAGUGCAGCACACAUCCACUCCAGAUGAGAGGGUAAGGGCGGGGAAGAUUAUUCUAGUUGACCUAGCUGGUUCCGAGAAAGUUGAGAAAACUGGUGCUGAAGGGCGAGUUCUUGAUGAAGCGAAAACAAUUAACAAAUCUCUCUCAGCUCUAGGGAAUGUUAUCAAUGCCCUGACUACUGGUAAAUCAAAUCAUGUGCCUUACCGUGACUCAAAGCUUACCCGCAUCCUUCAAGAUUCACUGGGAGGCAGCUCAAGAGCUUCGCUGCUGUGCUGCUGUUCUCCCAGUGCGUUGAACUCACCAGAAAGUCUCUCUACCCUCCGCUUCGGAACCAGGACAAAGCUCAUAAAGACUGUGCCCAAGCCGAUCCCCGUUGAAGCGGAGAGCAGUAAGAAGCCCACACCCCAACAUUCGCACGAUCAAGACAAUCCGAGUGAUGGGGCACAGAGCAAGCCUGUCAGCAGCCAAUCAGAUGUGUCUGAUCCCAGCCUCGAUUUCCGUGACCAAGUCGAUUUACGCGACAGGAUACUAACCAAGCUAAGGUUGAGCCUGAGGGAGGAAGACGUCGAUCUGCUGGAGGAGCUGUUCAUCCAAGAAGGGAUCAUCUUCAACGCCGACGACGCUCUGGACCCGGGCUCCGUGUCGUGCCAGGACGCCGCGGCCCAGCAGAUCCUGUCGCUCCUGCAAGCCAUGGAGGAGCUCUCCGAGGCCGCGCAAGAGCUCGCCGACGAGAAUGAGAAGCUGAGGCAUGAGCUGGAGGUCGCGCAGGAGAUCGCUGCUCGCGCCCAGGAUGCCGUCGCCGAAGGAUGGGGCGGCGGGCUGCUGCUUGGGUUUCUGCCGGCGGCCAUCCUCCGCCCCUUGGGGUUCGUGCCGGACUGACUGACCGAUGUCACAGGCAGCUACCCAGCGUUCACGGGCAUUCGUUCCUCGAUUACUCCUGACACCAAAUGAUCUAAAACAUUUUACUUUUUUUUGCGAGGAUCUAAAACAUUUUACUGUCUCUGCUUGUUCCUCUUAAUUCAGCCACCGUUCCUCUUUGAUGUUGGUACGCAAACUCUGAUGAUGUUAUGGGCAUGUUCUUUUUCUGGGGGGUCAAAAUCAACUAUGCUACUCCUUAAUUAUUGCAACGUGAGACGGAGGAAGUAUUUUUCGGUGAUGAACAAAA